AGGUCACAGGGGAAGUUGCUGGUGGAGACGGUGCAAUUCUGGGGGUUGCAUAGAGCAAGCAUUUGGGGUUGCACAGGAGAGCAAUGAAAACAGCUGGGGCUCUGGAGGGAACACAUCUGGGGUGUUUCGGGGCCAGCUGAGACUUCGAGGGUCGCACUGCAGCACUUGCGGGGUCAAGCUGGUGGAGCGAAGUUCUUGCGACUUGAGAGGAGUUUCAAGGGGUGUGGCUGGAACUGAGGUUGAGAGUUCGAAUUGCCAUGCUUUUGGGGGGGGAUGAGGAACUAACGGGAACGACCCUGAAAAAAGCCAUACGGUACAUUUUGGGGAGGGGGCAGGAAUUAAGAGGCUAAGGAGGCAGCAGGCAACAUCCCAAGAGUGAUUUAAGGCCUGUUAAAUGUGCAUAUAUAUCACUUCCCACCCAAAAAACACCCCAAAGUGACUUAUCGAGCAAGGUGCAAGAGAUGAAAAUGAAACAGAUGUUGUGAUGGUUGGUGACACUUGGGGGCUGAACCCUAAUGCAACUAGGUCUGUGAAGAAUUAAGGGUGGUGUUAAACUGCAGGUGCUUUCGAAGGGUCAAGCCAACUUUGUUUGGGAUCCCUUGGUGGAGGCUGCUGCUGCUGGGUCAUGUUAGGGGACCUGCCUUGAGGGUUGCAGGGGUUUGGGGGAUACAGGUGGAGGCUGAGAUAGUAUGGGAAUGACUGAGAAGUGAUGAUUAGAAAAUGGUAGAGGGAUUCUUGUUUUGUUUUGUUUUUGAAGGAAACAGAAAAUUGGUGAUAAUGGAGGAAUCACGUUGGAUUGCCUCAGUUGGGAGGCAGAGUCCAAGGGUCGUGUCCUACCCUGCGCGGAACUUAUGUCCUGGGAGACCCAGCCUUCAUACCACGGCAGUGGUGUCUAUGGGCUCAGGUGACCACCGCUUCAACCUGGCUGAGAUUCUUUCCCAGAACUACGGAGUGCGGGAAGAGACUGAGGAAGAGCAGCGGCAGGAACACUCACAGGGGAAAGCAAAGCCUUUGGAGGACCUAGAUAAGAGCUUCAAUGCCUCCCAGAACUCUGAAAUGCCGUUCGAGGAAUUGCUGGCACUCUACGGCUAUGAAGCCUCUGACCCCAUCUCCGAGCAGGACAGCGAGAGCAACGAUACCUCACCCAACCUUCCAGACAUGACCCUGGACAAGGAGCAGAUAGCGAAGGACCUGCUUUCUGGGGAAGAGGAGGAGGAGACACAGUCCUCAGCCGACGACCUGACCCCUUCCGUCACCUCCCACGACGCCUCGGACCUUUUCCCCAACCAGAUGGGAUCAAACUUCCUCGCUGACGGAGGCAAAGGCCGCUGCUCCUCCCCGUGUGCUUCCUUCUCGGCCGAGGACUCAGAAGAAGACGCCAUUCCUGCCAACGAAUGCAAGAAGGAGAUCAUGGUUGGUCCUCAAUACCAGGCAGCUGUUCCUCUCCUCCACCUGAACAGGCAUGGCGAAAAAGUCUACGAAAACGAUGACCAGCUUCUUUGGGAUCCAAACAUCCUCCCCGAGAGGGAAGUGGAAGAGUUCCUUUACCGAGCCAUUAAGAGAAGGUGGGACGAAGUCUCAAACGCCAGCCUUGCAGAGGGGGACACGGUCAAGGACAAUGAGCAAGCGCUGUACGAACUGGUGAAGUGCAACUUCAACGCCGAAGAGGCGCUGCGGAGACUCCGGUUCAACGUGAAGGUCAUUCGAGAUGAGCUUUGUGCCUGGAGCGAAGAGGAAUGCAGGAAUUUUGAACACGGGUUCCGGGUCCACGGAAAGAACUUCCACCUUAUCCAAGCAAACAAGGUCCGCACCCGGUCAGUUGGCGAAUGUGUGGAGUACUAUUACAUGUGGAAGAAAUCGGAGCGCUACGACUACUUCACCCAGCAGACGCGGUUUGGAAGGAAGAAGGAUUACGUGGAUAAUUUUUUGGAUGGUGGCGAAGUAGAAAGUGCCAGUCGUUCGCGAAGUUCCCCACCCAUCCCAUCGGCCACUGGAUGCCUUGACUCUCGUUUCAACCCAGAUCACCUGGCAAUCGAAAGCACAGAACCUUUGAGCAUCGAGAGUGCAGCGUGCAGUUUGGGCAGCACGAGUGAGUCGGGCCACGGCUAUGAGUACAGCACCCCUUCAGAAACAAACUGUUCCUUCGACCCCGCUGAGGAAGCCGCUGCCGGCAGCCGUGCGCCCGCUUUCCUGCAGCACCCGCCAAACACCCCCGAAGCCGGCUUCUACCAGGUGGCCGCAGCCGGCAAGCAGGAGCCGCUGCGGUGCUCGGGGAACGCCCUCGCCGUGGACUUCACGCUCCCUGGGAAUGUCGCGGAGGGGCUGCCUUUAAUUUCCGGCCACGUGGGACUGGACAGGGAUCCAGAGACGUUGGUGGCCCCCGCUCAAGUGUCCUUAUCGGUCCCGGAUUUCAGCCUCCUCGGCAUUGGAGAUGUAAAUAGCUUCCUGGCCACUCAGCAGGCCUGCCCAGCUCCCAGGGGCCACUCGGAGUCCUUGUCUCAGUGACUGAAGCCUCUGUGUAGGGGUCCGCUGAAGGACGAAAGCUGGCAGAACUGGAUGGAAUUUCCCUUUGGGGAGGGGGCACGGAGAUGGGUCAGCCUAUCGUCACCCUUCCUUCCCCCCCACUCUCCCCCAGGGCCAUGAGUGCCGGUCAAGAGCCGUCCGGUCCUCGCCUUUCCAAAUCGCAGGGGGGCAGAGGGGGCACCCACUGCUCUUUCUGCCCCUGUGCUCGACGUCCCUCUGGUGAAACCAAACGCCUCUGUCGUGCUCUCUCACACAGCUUUGCAAAAGAGAGAGAAAGCUGAUGGAGGAGGUGAACCCGUGACCCCCAUGGGGCCGUUGUAGAUGGGGGGCAAAGCCAUGCAGGGUGUAGACAAAGUCUUCCUCCCCAACAACCCUCCCCUGGGCAAGCUGGAUAGCCAGCAUCUCAACCUCCCGGUGCAAUGUGGGAGGCCGCAGAGAUAAGAGAGGGUUGCCAGGAGCACUUUUAGAGAAGGAGCUGUAUUGGUGGGGCGGAAAGCUUUCACGCACGGCGCGAGCGGACGUGGGACACAACUGGUCACAAAGGUGCAGAGCAAGCUGGGUUGGGCACUUUCCUUCAGUUGUGGUGGCACCUCUGUUUAGUUUUGUUUCCAGUAGCAGCGGGGGACGUUCCUUUUUGCCAAACCUUGCAGCCGCAUCCUGGUUUGCCAUAGGGUGGGUGGAAUCGUCACCCUGCUCCCGCUUUUGUCCCUAGGCAAGCACGCCGCCCCAGGCUUUUUUAAAGGCACCCUCUUAUCGGGACCCGCCUUCUGGGCAGAGGGAGAAACUUCAUCCCCUCCAGCAGCAUCCUGCAUUACGAAGACGGUAAUCCACACGUCGGGGCCUUCCGAGGAUGCAUCGGCUUCCGGGGAUGCAGACGGGCCGGGUGACGGGUUGGGGAGGAUGUGGAGGGGCAGAACGGAAGAAGGCUCCUUGGCCCUGUUGCCAAAACUGCACAGCUCUCAGGUGCGGGGGGUGGGGCGGGGCACUCCAGGGGUUGACAUUCGCCGUGGUGAUCAGGAGGCCAGGCUUCCGAAAGCCAGCAAAAAUCUGCGCGUUUGCUUUUGCCGGAAGAGAGGCGGUCGGGUAGCGGCAGGAGCACAGGGCUGCCGGUUGGAGUGCCAAACUGAGACUCCGGGGAGGGAGGUAUACAUGCGUUCUGUGCGUGAGAGAGAGCAUGAAAAGUGACUGUGCCCGCCCGCCCGCCCCCCCCCCCCACCUUGCCUGGUUCGGCCAGCAGGCAAAAUAAUACGAGGGCGAUGGGGGCGGACUCUGUGCCAUUCAAACCUCCUUGUCUCCUUCUUCCUCCAUUUUUCUCAACCCCUCUCUUCCACCUCAGCCAUGGGGAAGUUCCCCCCCCCCCCCGUUGCUGGUAAUAUGGUAUAUCCCUUUCCCUAUCAUUUUCAAUUUGUGGUGCAGGGCGAUGGUGGUUCGUGGCAGCAUUCAUACCCUUAACCUAAUUUUGCCCCACCCUUCGAGCAUCCACCCAUUCACUAAUUUCUUGGUCAUGCGGCUAGGGACUUUUCUUCCAAACUCCUGUGUCUGUCUCUCUGCACAAACCUUGGUUUCCCCCCCACACCCACCCACCCACACAGACACCACCCCACAUUUCCAUGAAGGCAGUUUCCGAGUGGCGGUUGGCAGCCGUGCAUUGCAGGCUCUAAUCAUCGCUUCGUUGGCCUCCACUGAAGCUGGUGGCAGCAAUCGUGGUUGUUGCACAGUUCGCACCUGCCGUGCGAAAGGCAGGGGAGAGUCUUGCAUAAGUGUCGUGCCGGCUCUGAUCAGAGAGGCAGGCGGCAGGUUAAGAGAGCUAGAGAGGGCUCGUUUAUUACUAAAUGUGGGGCUUGUGGUUGCGGACCCAGCAAACAGAGCACAGUGCGUUGUGGCAGCAGGUCAAGUGAGACUCAAAUGUGCAUCCAUGCCUACUUUGAAGAUUCACAGGAGUUGGCGAAGACGCAGCUGCCGGAGAACUCCAAUAAGUGAGUUGUGCAACGGUUAUCUAAUACCACCCAAGUCAUCCCGGGUCACCGCUAUUCCAUCGGCUGCCCCUGUGACCGCCUUGACUACGAGGCCUCAAUGAGGACUGGUGGCUUGAUCACCAGCCGUGCUGCUCUGGCGUGCAGUUUUCCUUUGGUGUAGCAUUUUGCAGCUGAGGUAGGGCCACCCAUUCCGUCGGCCGUUAUGUCUUCUGCUUCCUCUUCUCUCUCUCUCUGCCCACCACCCCACUUUUGCUUCCUUCAGUUCAUGCCAGUCCAAUCUGGACCUUCCCCAGACAAGCCCGCCCACAGCUCUCAGGGGUGCAGUUUUCUUCCUAUGAGUGCUCUGGAUACAACCCAGAGGUGCUGCUGUAGGGUUGCAUAAUUUCCUUUGCACGUGUUGGGAAGGAGCCUUCGACAGUGCGGGGGGGGGGGAGGGGGUAACGACACCCCCCCCCAUUCAAAUUUCUUGGCAUUCCGGUAUAGACCAUAGAGAAGAUCUUAGGAAAACAGACAUGUCUCCAUCCCUGAGAUAAAUAACGCAGUGGUACCUGGCCUGUUUCCUCAGGUCACCCAGGUAUGAGCUGCCUCUAAAAGUCCCAGAAUUCUCCGGUUCCUGGAACUUUUAAGAAAUCGGUUUUUUGUGUUUCCACUGCAUUGCACCCAAAUAAAUGCCUCUGGGUUUACACUGGGAUAUGUUUUCCCACCCCACCCCCAUCCGCCAGGGCAGCCUCUGUAAAAAACAGGGGGAAGUGAAAUUUGACCCACUUAGCUGCCCAUGAAGCACUCUCACCUGUUCAUAAUACCCCUUUUUCCUUUUUUUUUAUUUAAGGGAUGCUUUCUUGCAACAUUUAGGAAACUUUCUCUCCACUGACUCUCUGCCAUCUUGUUACCUAUUUCCUAUUUCAUUUCUCUCCCUCCCUCCCCCAAUUUCAUAUUUUAAUAUGUCUAAUUUAUAAAUGUAUUCUUUCUCCUCCCCCUCCCCGCAGAAAAAUGUUUGUUUACAGGUUGUGGGGAAGCGGGAUAUAUAUAUAUAUAUAUAUAUAUAUAU